AUGACUUGGUUUAUUAUUAUUAUUCUUUUCUGCCUUGGCAACUCGCAAGCUCAAUUUCUGAAUGUUUCCAAUAGCAGUGAUUCAGAAUUACACAAAAGCUUAUUAAGUCUUCUUCUUAUACUCCAUCAGCAAAAACUCUACGAUAUUCUAUUAAUUUAUGGAGAAGAUUGUCCUUUUCCCGCUUUAUCCAGAAGAUUACCAGUCUCCACAGUGCUGGCUUCUUCCGGUAGCACCGACUUUGACUGGAAUUACAGCAGCUUAACACUGAUACUAAGUUGUGGAUUUGAAGCUGAGAAAGAGGAAAACUAUCGCACAUUGAUGAAGCUACAAACUAACAGACGUCUAAUCCUUCUUCAAGAGGACAUACAACCAGAAUCUGUAUGCAACUUUUACUCAAAAAAGGAGCAGUACAAUAUAGCUAUGGUAAAAGAAAACUUCCCUCAAUCUGGGCUAGUCUACUCCUGUCGUUUAUUUCAGGAUCAGAACUAUGAAGAAAUAAAUAUUUCCACUGGCAAAUCGAUUUUUAUCAAACAAUUUCGAAACAUGCAAGGAGCUCCGAUCAGAACCCUCACUGACAAAUUGGCGCCUCGAUCCAUGGCCUACCGAGACUCUAAAUCUGGUAAAGUGAAAUAUAUAGGAUUCGUGGCCAACGUGCUUAACCUCUUCGUUGAGAAGGUCAAUGCUACAAUGAUUAUGCAGUUAAAAUUGAUAAAAGGCAAGGAGAUUAUAUCAUUUAUGAAUAUUUCGAAAUGGGCAUCAGAAGAUAUGCUGGAUAUUGGCAUGAGCAAUGGCGCCUAUUAUAAAGAGACGAACUUUGAUAUCCUCUCUUACCCAUACUUGAUGAGUUCUCACUGCUUUAUGGCCCCUCUCCCGGAUCUAAUGCCUUAUAGUGAAAUCUACGUGGCGAUCGUGAAUCCAUCCGUUCUGAUAGCGAUAUUUGCGCUAUUCUUCAUUUUCUCAGUGAUGGUGAUAUACUUAAAGGAAAAGACUUGGCGGAAUCUCAGCCUGAUCAGCGUCCUGAUGAACGAUAUAUGUCUGAGGGGAUUCUUAGCUCAGACGUUCCCUUAUCCCCGUCAGUCUAACAGAAAAAUGAAUCUGAUUUUAAUGCUGAUUUGCUUCUCCAGUCUAAUCAUAACCACCAUGUAUUCGGCUUACCUGCAGACCUUCAUGUGGGGUCCACCAGUCGAUCCCUUUAUGACUUCCUUCGCUGAUCUGGAAAAAUCCAGAUACAAGGUUGCAAUAACCUCGAUUGAACUGCAGGAGCUUCUGCCGAUGAACGUCAGCAUGGAGAACGUGUUGGUCUUGGAGGACGCAAAGAAGUUUAUUCAAUUGAGAGAUAGCUUUAAUGAUGACUACAUCUAUCCAGUGACCGCUUUGAGUUGGAUCAUCUUUAAGGAACAACAGAAGAGAUUCACAUACCCACUUUUCUACUACUCAGAGGCACUCUGUCUUAAUUCCAUCGGAUUUUUUAGCUUCCCUGUAAGACGUCACCUGCCCUAUCGAGAUCUCUUCGAAGAGCACAUGCUGCGACAAAAUGAGUUUGGUUUAACGAAUUACUGGUUCUAUAGAGGUUUCUUGGAUAUGCUGAAACUGAAUCUAGCAACAUCGGAAGAUUUAAGUCCGCCUCAUUUGGAUGAUUACAUAGAAGUGGACGAUCUUUAUUGGGUUUUUGGCAUGUAUUUCGCUGGAUUGGGCAUUAGUUUAUGUUGUUUCAUCCUGGAGAUCCUGGGAUCCCUUAGCUACUGGAGACGCCUAAGAAUAUAUAAGUGGUUAUGGGCUAAAAACUAA